AAUUAGUUUCGUUUAAAGUUUUACUCGUUUUGCUCGAUUUUUUUCUAAAUUUAGGGAAAAAUGUAUGGUCAACAACAGCAACAACCAGGCUAUGGACAGCCACCGCAACCAGGGUUUUAUCCACACAAUCAAGGGCAAGCAGGUUAUCCUCCUCCUCCUCAAUCCAAUUAUCCCAAUCCAAAUUAUCCAAACUAUCCACCGCCAACAGCCCAGCCCAUGUUCCAGGACACCAACAACAACUUUUCGACGGAUUUUGAGGCGCAAGCUGACAAUCGCUUCGAUUUCGAUGACCAAACUGUGCGAAAAGCCUUCAUUCGGAAAGUCUACAUGAUUUUGAUGGUCCAACUCCUCAUCACAUUCGGCGUCAUCGCACUUUUUGUCUUCCACGAACCGACCAAAAAAUGGACUUAUGAGCAUCCGGAGCUCUUUUGGAUUGCUUUUGCCGUGAUGAUUGUCACUCUCAUCUCGAUGGCUUGUUGCACAAAUGUCCGCCGAAAGACCCCGAUGAACUUUAUUUUCUUAUUUUUAUUCACACUGGCGGAAGCAUUUUUACUGGGAGUGGUUUCCUCCGUGUAUGACGUGCAAGAAGUCUUGAUGGCUGUAGGCUUAACGGCAGGCGUUUGUCUCGCAUUGACUCUCUUUGCGUUCCAAACAAAAUGGGAUUUCACAGUUAUCGGAGGAUCGUUAUGCGCCGCAACUUUCUGCCUCCUGUUUUUGGGCAUUUUUGCGAUAAUUUUCCCGGGCAAAAUUCUUUCUUUGGUAUAUGCGUCACUCGGAGUUGUACUGUUUUCGGUGUACUUGGUUUACGACACACAAUUGAUGAUGGGAGGCAAGCACAAGUACUCGAUCAGUCCAGAAGAGUACAUUUUUGCAGCGUUGAACCUUUAUUUGGACAUCGUGAACAUUUUCAUGUACAUUUUGACGAUUAUUGGAGCGUCUCGUUCUUAAAAUUUUUAAAUUUUCUACUAAUUUAACCAAAAUUAAACAAUU